AUGGCGCCGUCAUACUCGCCAAUCUCUGUGCCUCGAGGGACUGCUGGGCCGUCGUCAUCAAAAGCCCGCACCACUGUUGGUGGGAAAACCGUUUCAGGCCAUCCCCCCGGACGAGGGAAGGGAUCUUUGGGGUUGGGGUUGGGGAAAAGUAGUAAAUUUGGUGCUAAGAGGCAUAGGAAGGUGCUGAAAGACAAUAUUGAUGGUGUCACCAAGGGAGACAUUCGCCGCAUGGCACGGCGUGGAGGGGUUAAGCGUAUUUCUGCUGAUAUUUACUCUUCGAUGAAGACGGCCUUGAAAGACUAUUUGACAAAGGUUUUGAACGAUGCGGUGCAAAUUACAUCUCAUUGUAACAGAAAAACAGUUACUGUACCAGACGUAAUAUUUGCGUUGAGACGUCAAGGUCGUCCCAUCUACGGUUUCGACAAUUAUGAAGACUCGAAGAAGAAGAAUCUUGCUACAGCACAGAACCGGAAAUGA